CGCGCGGCGUAGCUGUUUCAGUAAUGGCGUCUGUGGCUGAGAUGCGCUUGGCUUUAGAAAAAUGAAGCGUAGAAGAACUUACUUCUUACACUGAAAACGCGGGGUUUCCUUUCGUGAACUUUGCGUGUGAAGCCGUGUCAUCUCCCAGAGGUUUGCGCUCUGAUAUUAGCCAGUUCCGACGUGCCGAGAUGAUGAAGCUGAAGUCUAACCAAACUCGCACCUAUGAUGGAGAAGGGUACAAGAAGCGGGCCGCCUGCCUGUGCUUCAGGAGCGAGACCGAGGAGGAGGUGCUGUUGGUGAGUAGCAGCCGACAUCCUGAUAAGUGGAUUGUGCCCGGAGGAGGAAUGGAACCGGAGGAAGAGCCCAACGUUGCUGCUGUUCGAGAAGUGUGUGAAGAGGCCGGUGUCAAGGGCACUUUAGGGAGACUAGUAGGAAUAUUUGAGAACCAGGAUAGGAAACACAGGACGUAUGUGUAUGUUCUCAUUGUAAAAGAAGUACUGGAAGACUGGGAAGACUCUGUAAACAUUGGGAGAAAAAGGGAAUGGUUUAAAAUAGACGAUGCGAUACAAGUGUUGCAGUGUCAUAAGCCAGUGCAGGCCACCUACUUCGAAGCUCUACAAGAGAGCUGCCUGACGAGCAACGGCACUCCUCUAGUGGCCACGAUAGCUGAAGACCUGUCACCCAGCUACAACAUCAAUCAGAGCUCUGUCUCUGACAUCAGAUAACUAACACACAACACUGACACUCCGGAUGCUUCCGCCACCACUCUCGCUCUUAUUCUUUCAGUAUUCUUUUAUUUUUUCCCUCUUUCUCUCUCUGUGUUUUUUUUUCCCCUUUUCUCUUAAAAUACAGUUUGCCUUGCCAACCCUUUUUUAGGUGCCAGAGAGGUGGCACAAACUUGACAAAGUGUUGGGUAAAUAUUCAAAAACAUGUUUUGUAAAUGUAAAUUCAAUGUUUGUCGCUCUCUACUCUGAUUUUUUUCUUUCUUUCUUCCCUCCAACCUCUCCUUAAAAAUGGACAGUUGCAUGAAACACCCCCUCCUUCUACUCCUUCUCCCUUUAGUGCCCUCUGUGACCCAAGUGUGAGGUUAAAUGAAUGCAAGAACUACUUUUUACUGUUGUGAUGUAAAUACACGUAGCCUAGUGCUUAUGCUUGAGGCUUUCAAUAUUUUUUACGCAUCCAUUUUUUUUUUCCUUGUAUGUGAGAGCGAGUGAGCAUGUAUUUGUGUGAGUAGUGCGAGUAUGUGUUUGUUCUCGGAAACCACCUCCUUCCCCCACCCCAAGCAAUGAGAAGGAAAUGUGUAGAUGCCUGAACAGAUGGAAUUGGUGAGAGGUCAGUUGGUUUGCAUGAGCACUGAUAUUUAUUUGUCUUACAAGUUUGGGAUCUGAUGAAUGUUCAACCUGUAUUUGGUGUCAGUAGGUCUUUUGAGUGAUUUCUUCUUCCCUUUUUUGCCCCCUUGCCAUUUUGUAAAUAUCUUAUGGGUUUGACGAAAUACACACCCUGGUUUAAUUAUGCUUGUUUCUUUACUAGAGUGGUGCCUAAAUGUGUGAGAACACCGACUUUAACGUGAUAGUAAAACCCCCAAAAAUGUUUACAAGGCCAGCAAUUAUUGGGAGCAAGCAGGGUAAGCCAGCAGCACGUGAUGAUAACUGAUGAGUUUCGUGCACUGCUUGCGUCCAUGUAUGGCUGACGGCAGAUCCUACAGGUCCAGUAAUUUCAAUGUUGUUGGUGAUGAUAGUGAAGGGGGGAAAAGACAAAUCACCACUCAGAACCACUUAAAUCAAACUGCAUGACAAGGUUGUAGAGUUGACGUUUGUGAACGUUGGAGGAUUCAACAGGACAGCUUCUUGGAAAAAAACGCUAAUAGGCACAUAUCGAGUGGAUCCCACCUUUUUAAUUUAGUAGUGUCUCCUAUUAUGGAGCUCUUUAUUGGACCUGGUAGGUCAGGCCAGGGUAACAUUGAAAAGUAAAUAUGGACCCAUUACUGAAGUGCUUUUUCAAUUACGUUUGGUGACUUGGGAAAACCCUUCUCAUUGUUAGAUUUUGACACGUUUCCUGAACUGAAAUAUGCUUCUCUUUUGCAUGUAUUUCAACAAGUCGAACUAGUUCAGACCCCAGACUCAGAGAAAAUUGGAUUUAUCGCAAGAUUCCGUUCAAAAAUGCCACACUCGCCUCUAUAUUUAUAAAUAAAUAUACUUUUAGAAAAACAUUACAGCCCAAUUUGAGGAAUUAUAAGUUUACAUUAUGAAGUCAGUCUCAGUAUUUAAACACAAGCCUCAUGGUCGUCUCUUCUGACUGAUCACUGUUCACAUUCACGCUGGUGGGGAAAUAAUCACUGAUUCAUUCUGAUCAAAUUUAAUCUUGGUUAAAUUUGACACCCGUGUCCGUUCAGCAUGGUACAUAGAUAUCGAAAGAUCAAGGUAUGAUUUUACUGUGUGAAAAAGUCACACUUAACUAGUGAGGUUUUAGACAUCUUGAAACUGAUCACAUUUUCUGCUCCGUUUGUUUAAACUCGCUCCUUGACAUGACUGUUGAAGUCAGGUGAGGCAAGGGAGCCUGAAUAAAACCAUUUUGUGUCAUUUUUGUAGAAUGUAUUUCUUUAAAGUAGAGACGUUAGUACAUUAGUGUCAUUGAAAAGAAAAGAAAAAUUUUUUUGGCUUAUUCUAAUGAAUUCAGUCACAGCGAAAUCCAUCGGGUUUUCCCAGACCACCUGACAUAUCCCAGAAAUUACCAGAGGAUUAAAAAAUAAAUAAAAUCUGAUUUUAUGUUUAGAAUAUUGAAGGCACAUUGGUUCAAAAACAGUCCCUUUGAAUGUUCCAACAGAAAACCCACAUGCCUUAGUCAUCCACCAGAUUAUUUUAAGCUUGUAAAAAGGCUUAUGCCAACUGCAUGAAGGCUGAUGUGGCCUCUUGUUACCUUGUACCAUCUUGAUUUGGAUGAGAUGGUAUUAUUUAUGUAUAUUGAUCUCUGCAGUUUUUUUUUCCUUCAUCUCUUAAAGAACCAUUGGCACCUCAGUCGAGCACUUGCAUAUCUGCUCGACAGGAACUAUAAUAUGCUGUUAAAAAAAAAAACACACACAUUGCAGAGCUAAACAGGGCUUGUAUAACCGAGACCUUGUUUCAAAAUAUAAGAAAUGUGGACUGUAACCCUCCCCUCUUUUAUUCCUCUCAUUUUCUCUUUGUCUAGUAAGUUGUCUUAGCCAGGCUGCUUACUGCCCUUCUGAUGGCAUGCAGCAGUUGGCACAAUACUGUGAAUCUGGAGCCACUGUAGUUAGCCAGACCUUUUUUUUUCUCCUUUCUGUAUAGACUAAAUUCAAAAAGUCAAAAUACAGUAUGUGGUUUUUCACGUUUGGUAUGCUGAUGGUACGCAGAGUUUCUGGUGAUUGGCAAUGGAACUGUUAAAGCUAACCCCCGAACAGGAUGUUUGGGAAUGUAUUCUUUUUGGGCUGUUUAAGUUGCUGUAGGUGCAGGUUUAAUAUGUUUCUUGUUUCCUUCGAUUUCUUUUGUUCCAAUUCCGACACAAUCGUUAACCUGAGAGUUAAUUUUGAGCUCGUGGGUGUAAAUGUAUAGACAAGCUGAUCGUUUUGCUGCUAGGAUUUUUUGAUUAAUUCUGAGCAAGCAAAAAAAAAAAAAGCAGGCCAACUGAACCAAUUCACAAGUAAUAUUUCGCUAGAUAUGACUCAUUCAUGUAACACUAAAAUCACUUUUCUAGAUUAUUACUUAGUAAUAUAGCUGGGUUUACAAUUGUAAUGUAAUCUGUUCUCCAUGUAGAGGUGAUCAGACUUGAUGAGAAUCUUAAGAAUGUCCCAAAGCACAAUCGCCUUGCAUACACAGAAGUGUUUGUAUGAUUUAAAGGUUUUUUUUUUUUUUACUGGCUCUUCUGAGUUAAAAGCUUGAUCUUACUGAAACAAAAGGCUUUGUAACCAUUUUUUUACAUUAAUUGCCCAGAUCUCACUACUUUGCAUUUUUGUUUGAAAGAUUUCAAAAAUACCAAACAAAACAGUUAAGGAUUGGAAACUACUAGAUUUUCCGUGCAGAGUGAAUUUGACCAACGGACAUAGUUCACACUUCUGCACCUUACAAGCACAGAGCCAGUGUAAUGCAUCAGACCCUGAAUGUAAACUUGUAGGUUAUAUUAAAGCACCAGCUUGAUUUAGUAAAAUAUUUUAAACAAAACAUACAUUUCACAUUUGCUACUUGCUCCCAAAAAAAAAAAAAAGGGCUGCAGCCUAUAAACACCUACGUCACUUAUACAGCCCAUAAAGCUGUGACCUUUUUCAGUUCAACAAACAUACCUGGAACAUUUGCGUUGUGAUUUUGGGAUUGUGGAAUAUACCAGUAUGAGAAUGUAAUAAAUGUGCCAACAAAUAAAACAUCAGUAUUUCACAUUA